AUGGCCACUUCAAACCAGCAGAAAACUAUUGAAAUUCUGCGGGAGACCGAACGAGUUGGGGAUCAAAUCCUCAUGCGCAAGCAAGAACUGAUUGAUCUAGAUAAACGCCGCCAAGAGACACGGGAAGCGGCUCGUACGAUAAGGAAAAAUUUUCCUCGGGAAGAUGCUAAAGUUUGGAUUACGGUCGGUUCGAUGCUGAUGAAGCUCGACCGGUCGAAGGCGCUGGAACUGCUGGAAAAAGAUGCAGAACAAAUUGAGUUGGAGAUCGGUCGAAUACGAACCGAACAGAAGGUUCUGGUUAGCAAGCAGCGAGAUCUGGAACAUGAUAGCCCCCUGCGGGGGUUCGAUCUGCAACCACUAAGCAGCGCGGAAAUCGCUGCUAUUAGGGUUAACGUUCCGGGUUUCUAA